AUGUCGGCUUCAUUCGCAUCAUCCUCGUCUUCCAUUCCCAAAACCUCUACAUCACUAUCUUCCUCGUCUUCGUCACUGUCUUCUCCGUCAGCCAUAUCCCCCUCCUCAACUUUGUCCACGUCGUCGUCUGGCGGCGUUGCACCUUCUUCCGUUGGUGCUAACCCAAGUCCCGGGUUUAUCUGCUUGGAGAGUGGCGCAUACCCUUUGAUUGCAUCGCGGGAGUUGGGAACACGCUCGGCUAGUUACAGCGCGGAAAAUCCCCUCGACCUGCGCAACAAGGCGGCACCGGCUUCUCUCCGCCGACGUUUUAGUGACGAAAUUAGCCAGUUGCCAAUCAGGAAGCUUGCUCGGCGUAUGUUCACGAACAGCCGCGAGAGAUGGAGACAGCAAAACGUUAACGGAGCUUUCGCCGAACUGCGGCGUCUUGUGCCGACUCACCCACCCGACAAAAAGUUAAGCAAGAACGAAAUCCUCAGGUUAGCAAUACGGUAUAUCAACCUGCUGAGCAAAGUGAUCGAUUACCAAAAAUCACAGUCGCCCGACAGUGAUCAGUCGAUCGGGGAGGAGAAUCGUAAUAACAACAGCAGCAACAAUAAGAAAGAGAUGGGGAAUGGAAUAAAAGCAGUGGAUCCUGAAUUGGACGACGAAGAAGACGAAGAAAUGAUUGAAAACGUAGAGACAAGACACUCAGCAGCAUCGCCGAAUUCUUCUUCUCCUUCUUCAUUAUUGACAGCAACAGCGACCGACACCAAUGGCGCUAGCAUAUCCAACUCUGUACCACCAUUGUUACCAGUAGGCCGAUCCCACGGUAUCCGGGAGUCACAACACCAAACCGUGCUUCCUUAUUAUUCUCAUUCGCAUCUCCAGCAUCACCACCAUCACCACCACCACCAUCAUCAUCAUCACCUUGAACACAGCGAUAACGGUAAGCAAAUGCUACACAUUGGAUUGGAUAAGACGAAGACAGUUUUGCACGUCAAUCAGUCCGGGUCUGAUAUGUCAAAGAUGGAAGAAGACUGUUCAGUUUUAAUGUCUCAGGAGCCAUCGCCGGCUUCUACUUAUUAUGACGACACAAGUGGCGACGAGUCUUCCAUGUAG